AUGGAGACAGAGGGUGCAACUGCUGCACCUGAAAGUACAUCUGCUGAAAAAUCUCAAUCUGAAAAUGGACAGAAUACUUAUUAUAUAAAAUGGAUCUAUUUUGGAAACAAUCAAGUGCCAAUUAUAACUCAAAAUGAAAAUGGACCAUGUCCGUUGUUAGCUAUUGUAAAUGUAUUGUUAUUGAAAGGUAAAUUAACGCUAGCGUCAAUGGUUCAAAUGAUUAGUAGUGAACAAUUGAUGACCUAUUUAGGGGAUUAUAUCAUAGAAAGUAAACCAAAGAAUUUAACAGAAACAAUUCAAGCUAAUUAUGAACAGAAUAUGCAAGAUGGUAUUAAUAUUAUGUGUAAAUUACAGACUGGUCUUGAUGUCAAUGUUAAAUUUACUGGGGUAGAUGAUUUUGAAUAUACACCAGAAUGUAUUAUAUUUGAUUUAUUAGAAAUACCACUAUAUCAUGGUUGGCUCAUAGAUCCCCAAGAUUCACAAUGUAUAAAGGCCAUAGGUAAACUAAGUUAUAAUCAAGUUGUUGAAAAGAUAAUCUCACAGAAGAGUUCAGAUAAUGAAGAGACAGCAAGAGAAGCUUUAGUCGCAGAACAGUUUCUAGAUAGAACAGCUUCUCAAUUAACAUAUCAUGGUUUGUGUGAAUUAGGACAUAAAGUUAAAGAUGGUGAACUGUGUGUUUUCUUCAGAAAUAACCACUUUACUACUUUAUAUAAACACAAUAAAGAAUUAUUCCUGCUGGUAACAGAUCAAGGUUUUUUAACAGAAACUAAUGUGGUAUGGGAGACAUUAUCUAAUGUUGAUGGUGACUGUCAUUUUGUUGAUGGUAAUUUUCGGACCUAUACUAAACCAGAACCGUCCACUCAUGUCAUUCCACCCCCGACCAAUGUCUCUAUUGGUAGUGAAGAACAGAUAGAUCAUGAUUAUCUAGUAGCUCUAUCAUUACAACAAGAAGGACAAGCUACCAAUGUUGAUAGUGAGAGUACAGCAUGGAAUAGUUAUGAGAAAGACAGUGCUUCUAUAGCUAAAUCAGAACUACAAGAAGAAGAAGAUAGAAGGGCAGCAGCUGCAGCUGAAAACUCUCAACAGAGGGCAGCAGCACCUAGUAAUCAUUCUAAUCCUAGUCAUUCUCCUUCCUCCUCCAUUCCACGUCGUUCACCUCGUGAUAGACCAAAAGAUAAGGACAGUGUAAGUAUAGUACAAGAUAUAUUUAUCCUGUAA